CGCAGGAGGACGCGGGCACACAGACCGUACCGAACAUCACACACACACACACACACACACACACACACACACACACACACACACACACACACCCCUCACGCAGACAUUCCUUCUUUCACGCUCCAGCUCGCUCUCUUUACUCCUACUUCCCUUUCCCUCCUCUCCCGGAUCAAGCGUUAAUCUGCGAAUCUCUGACCGCAAAAGAAAAAAAAAAAAAAAAAAAGGUGGGUGGGGGGAUCCCGAAGUAGCAGGGCCAGGGAGGAGGAGGUGGAGAAAGGCGGGGAGGAGGAGGAGGAGCCCGGCGAACCAGAGUCAGAGGGACGGGUGGCUCCGGCGAGUGUGCAGCCCCGGGGGGAGCGGCGCUCCAGGCUGGGAACCCGGCAGCCCGCCCACCCGCCUGGCGUCUUCGGCGCCCGCCCGCUCGCGGGCCCGCGCCCGGGGCCUGCUACACCCGGAGCCGGGGCCGCCGCUCAGGGGCGCUCGGGUCAGGGGCGCCGCCAGGCUGGUUCCCCGCGCCCGCGCCCGGAAUGCCGUUCUACAGGCGCACGGUGGUGCCCCAGCGCCUGUGCCCGCGCAACCCGCCGCAGCCGCUCGCCGAGCUCCGCGACGUGAGCCACCUGGCCGCGCUCAGCCUGCUCCGGCAGCUCGCCGACCUCUGCGGCCACUCGCUGGCUCUGCUCGAGGACCUCGAGGGGCACCUGCUGGCCCUGGGGCGCCGCACCGACAGCCUGUGCCGGCGCACCGGGCGCCUCCGCCGCCGCCUGCCCUGCCGCCUGCUCGGCCCGGAGGACGACGAGGAGGAGCUAGCAUAGAUUCUCAAGAAUGGCCUGCGACGGGACGCCUGGGUGGCUCAGUUGUUAAGCACCUGCCUUCGGCUCAGGUCAUGAUCCCGGGGUCCUGGGAUCGAGCCCCGCAUCGGGCUCCCCGCUCGGCGGGAAGCCUGCUUCCCCCUCUCCCAUUCCCCCGUUUGUGUUCCCUCUCUUGCUGUGUCUCUCUCUGUCAAAUAAAUAAAUAAAAUCUUAAAAAAAAAAAAAAAAAGAAUGGCCUGUGAUUCAUCCAGUGGGAAAAUCAGAAGAAUACAUUUUUCUUUGGGAAAUGGGCUCAAAGAGGAGAUGAGGUGAAAAAAUGAUUCAGCUGUUUUUAUUUUGACUGAAAUUGGUUUCGGAGAACGAGCGUAAUUGACUGCCUGGCAAUUUAUAGUCAGACUCCCAGUAUCUUCAAAACAGCCAAACUCAUAUUAUCCUCCCUCACUAGCCGGCCCCGAGGGGAGCGAGUGGGGUCUCCUUUAUCAACAGGCCUCGGGUUCUCUCUGCUCUUGGGGGAAGCCAUGUAUCACAGUUGUCAGCAACUCCCACCCUGGCCUUGUGUAACUCUCAGCCCUCCUGAUCCCGUAAUUCCACUUCCGGGACCCGACGCUCUCAGAAUUCUGGGAAAAAUGUUUGAGGAAGCUCGCUGCAUCUGCUGGUUAUUUAUGUUCACUGAAAAAAAAAAAAAAAAAAGAAGAGCACUUAAACAUUCAACAAUAGGGGCGUAGUUGUUCUAAAUUUGGACAGGUCUGUAUGAUAGAAUACUAGACAGCUAAGAAAAUUCAGGCUUAAAACAAAUGUGGAGCCAUGGGGCGCCUGGGUGGUGGUGCAGUCGGUUACACGUUGGACCCUUGGUUGCCGCUCGGGUGGUGAUCUCAUGGUCCUGGGAUCGAGCCCCGAGUGGGCUCCGCACUCAGUGGGGAGUCUGCUUAUGAUUCUCUCUCUAUCUCUCCCCUCUGCACUUCCCCCCACUCACGUGCUUAUGCCCUUGCUCUCUCUCUCCAAUAAAUAAAUCUUAAAAGAAAACAAACAAAAAACCCCCCAAAUAUAUAGUGAUAGUGCUAAAUGGAAAAGGCCGGGCAUAAAGUCGCAUGUACUAUACUAUCCAAAAUAGGCAUGUACGGUAUUCUCCAAAAAUAAAGCAUAUGUAUAUGGAAAAGAAACUGGAGGGGCAUAUGCCCUCAUGUUAACAAUGCUAAUCUCAGGGUGAUAAAGGUGAUAACAUGAGGAACAGUGGUUAUCUUUAUGAGAUUAUGGGAGUGGGUGUAAUUUUUUUUCUUAUACCUUCCUGCAUUUUCCCAAAUGUCCUAAAUGAACGUGUGUUACUCUCUUUUUAAAAGAUUUUAUUUAUUUAUUUGUCAGAGAGAGAGGGGGCACAAGCAGGGGGAGUGGCAGGAAGAGGGAGAAGCGGGCUCCCCGCUGAGCAGAGAGCCCGACGCGAGACUCGAUCCCAGGAUCAUGACCUGAGCCGAAGGCAGACAUUUCACCGAUUGAGCCACCCAGGCAUCCAGAACGUGUAUUACUUUUAGUAAGUAGGAAAAAAAAACCCCAGUGAGUGACAUGUUAAGGAAGAGGAUCUUGGGAUUUGGAAGCAGCAGCUGUGGGUUUAAGUCCCACUUGCCUCGUACUUACUAGCUGACUCUGGUUUCUCCGAGCCACGCUCCCUCAUCUGUAAAAAGGGUUAAUGCUACCCAGUUCUGAGGGUUGUCGUGAGGAUCCAAAAUAACGUAGGUAAAGUUCCUGGUGCAUGCACCACGAUCACACACAUGAUCACUAAAUACUAACUUACGAAGCUAACGUUCCAUGAAGCUGUUUGAAAUCCGUGGAUGGGGGUACUGUCAAGAUGAAGUUAUCAUAAGAAUAUUUCCUAGACAGCUCGGAAUUGCAGCCAUUCUUCCCUUUUCCAGAAUAUGUAAAGAAUGCCCGUGUGCCCACGGAGGAACAGCAUCUAGCUUUUGAGGCUGUCAGCUCAUCUCUCCCAACCCGAGGAUUUUCCUUUCCUUUGACCCCUCCUUUCAUUCUCCCCCACUGACAUCUGUUCACUGCCUUGCCGUCCAAGAGGGAAAACAUUCUUUGGAACCGAAGCCGAGGCACCACCGAGAGUCCUGGCAGCUAUGAGAUGUUUAUUGUCACUGAGAAUAUGUGGUGCUGGCUGACCACAGGACCUGCCAGGCUGGGAUGCCAACGAGGGGUUCUAAUGAAGCAGCAGAGGACGGAUGCGGGCCGCGCAGCUAGGCAGCGUCCCCUGCCUUGGGCAGAGCUGUUAUCCAAGUGUCCUGCUGGCUCUGUUCACCUCUUCCCUUGGGAUGUCCGCGUGGCUCCUGGCUUUACUCACCAGUUAUACAGAACCAGCUUGCUUUGUGGGUGAAGGAACACCUUCUCACGAGAAACUUAUGGGACCUAAGGUGGUUUCAGUGACGCAUUUGGCAGUUUGCCCGAGGGUCCAACAGGCCUAACUCUUACCAGCAUGGAUUUGGAAUGAGUAAGCCCUAUCUCAUGACCAGGCAGCCUCAAGGUCAUGGACGUACCUCCUCGGCAGUGUCUACAACAUGGCCAAGCCACCAGGAACUUCAGUCACCUCCCUGGGUAGAAUCUUUCACACUGCUUGGCUGAUUGCAGUUUCUUCCAUUUUUUAAUUACGGCCAGAAAUAUAGACCCUGGCUGCAAAUCCACAUUACUUGGGGAGCUUAAACAAAUUACUAAUGCGUGGCCCCAACCCAUACCAGGAAAGCCAGAAUUUCUGGGUGAUGAGAACGAGGAACUAGGAUUUUUGAGAUCCCAAGGUGGUUCUGAUGUGCAGCCAGGGUUGGGAAACACUGUUAUGGUAUAUAGAUGGCUAAAACUGGAAGAAACCCAGGCCGGAGCUUCUCAAAUUUAUUUGACCACAUAGUCCUUGAAAAUUUACAAUAUAUUUAUGGAUACUGAGCAUGAACUCAGGUUUAGGUUAAAUUAAGUGACAGAAAAUGGUCUCACGGAUGAAUUAGUGGUGAGCAGUAAAAAUACCUUUAGGUAAUAUAUUUUUUAACUUUAUAAGACAAUGAAAGAAAUUGAAAAAAUGAAGCCUUUUUAUUUUAUUAAUGAAAAGAAUAAAUAUAUGUUAAGGUAAAGUAAAUCAUGUUUCAUUGUACAUUUUUUGGUUAUUAACACGUCAUCAAAAACCACUAACAUUUUAUUUUUUUAUUUUUAUUAAAGAUUUUAUUUAUUUGUCAGAGAGAGAGUGAGAGCGCACAAGCAGGGGGAGUGGCAGGCAGAGGGAGA